GUAUACGUAUACCGUAUAUGGUUGACCACCGCGCGCGAUGGUCGUGUUUGCCCGUAUUGCAUAAUAGUAUCGGAGGUUUUCUAACUGGUUUCCUGCCUUGUAUGUGACCUUGAUACGAUAUACAGUGUUAAAUUAAAGUUAUAAACAACAAUGGAUGUAAGCGUUGAAAAAUUUAUCGAUGGGCUGUUUACAAAAGAGGCCACCGAGCAGCCCUCGGACACUCAGAAGCCAGAGGAACUUGACAUGAGUUUACCAGAAUGGUACGACGAAAAAAAGUUCAAUCAAGCACGCCGAUUCUACUGGGACCAUUGCUUCCAAUUCAGCUCAUCUAUGCUGCUUGGAUUGGUGAUGGUAUUCGCCGUGCCUUCCAUACUAAAAGUCCUUAUUAGUACACGAAGGUCGAAUUCUGUGUUCACAUCGUAUCGAAGAUACCUCUCUACAGUACUUCAUACACAGUCUUGGUUCGAAUAUGACUUGAAACCAGGCAGCAUAUCCUGGAAAUCGCUAUUUACUGUACGCGUACGACAUAUAAAGGCCGGGUUAGGUGCAAAAUCCAAAGGCCUAGGGACUGUGUCGCAAAGGGACUUGGCCCUUACACAGUUUGGCUUCAUCGGCCCUUCUAUGUUGAAACCUGAUAAAUUCGGAAUAAGACAAAUGGAGGCUGGGGACUGGGAAGCAUAUAAUCAUUUCUGGAGGACUAUUGGUCAUCUCAUUGGCUUGGAAGAUAAAUACAACAUUUGCCGACCAACUUUCGAAGAAACCCGCCAGGUGUGCCAGAUUUUGCUCGAGCGAGUAUUCACUCCUUGCUUGGAGAAUGUUCCAGAAUAUUUCGAGCACAUGGCCAGAGCAAUGUUGGACGGCUUGUGGUGUGUGAACCCGUCAAUAGAUGUGGACGGCUUGAUGUACUGGACAAAAUAUAUGGCAGAUGUACCAGGCUAUGUUUAUAAUGAAAGCGAUAGAUACACCUUCCAAAAUCGCCUGAGAACUCUUUUAAAGGGCAAACCUGAAGACACGGGCGUGGAAGUCAAUGCAUUAAUACCAGAACCACUCGUUGAAGGUACUUGCCGUUCAAAGCGUCUCCUUUACCUACACGACUACGACAAAAUGGAGUCUGUGCCAGAGUACAAGAGCUUGAAUUUUGGGGCAAGACGUAAAAUGGCGUUCAAUGCAAUUCUGGGGUACAUUUACAGCACGUGGUUAGGACGUUGGUAUUUCAACUUGAACUUCAGGUUCAGUAUUCUCCUCAUGAAAUACUUCCCGUACUUAGCUUUCUUCAGAUUUGGUUUCUUCGCGUCCUUCGUCAAUAUCUUCGAAGAAGAUCCGAUAGAUAACACAGAAUUGAAGCCCAAUAGCGAAUAUUUGAAACCAAAGCCUCCCCUACCGUGGUAUAAGGAAAUUUUAUCUUUCUAAUUACGCAAUCGAGUAUUUAAUAAUUAGUAAUACUAUUCCACACAGGCUGUUAAUAUUAGUCAAAUAUAUAUGCAAAAGUAAUUUUAGCUUUUGGAAAUUAUACAGACUCGAUAUUCAAAUAUGUUAAUACGAUUGAGAUUAUUAAUGUAACUUUAGACAUAACAACCAUGAUAAUGGGACCAAUUUAUAUUUUUAAAAUAAUAAUGUUAAUCAUAAUCAAUAGACAAUAAAGUUUUAUUUAUUGUUAGACAAAUUUAUAGGUACGUAUUAGUUUUAUAUAUUAACUAGUAUCUGCGUAGCGUUUAAUAUUGUAAUUUAUUUUGAUACCUUUAUCUGUUUAUGUUCCCUUCAAUUAUACAAAUUGGUAAAUGCUCAAAUAUUAUAAAAGUUGUAAGCUUUAAGUUUCAGGUAUGACGUAAUUUAGACGUCGAUUCUCUCUUUUGAAUUAAUGUUAUAAGAUAAAGAGAGAUAGCAAUAGAUAUCCCUCAGAUAUGCUGUGAAUAUUUUUAUGCGACGAUGGUAUCUAUAUUCAAUAUGGAUAACUAUGAUUUAUAUUACUUAUUAUUUUAUAUUUUUGAUACGUUUUAAAUUAUUGCUGUAUAUUUAUGAUAUUAUGAUGGAAUCAGUCAUAGGAAAUCUAGCUAUUCUAAUCUAAGCUCA